GAGGAAAAAAACGAGUAAAGGGAGUUACCUCAGCGCCUUCCGAGAUAUGAGAUCUGGGCAUUUAUUAUUGCAUCUCGUUUACUAAUCAAAAGACAAUAGUGAGGAUAUAUCGCCUGCCAAACGACAGAGUUGGGUAAUCCCGCGGAGAGGAGAGCGUACUCGUACCGCGGCCGUGCGCAGUCCCUCUUCGCGCACACUACACCUCUCGCCGUGCGCGCCCGCGUCCGUGUGUUUACAAGUGUUUGAACGAGUGCCAGAAACGAGGGAAGAAGCAGGAUAAAGCCAAGGAAGGAGGGAUGGUGGACAAUUCCGGCAGUAGUAAGGCACAAAUGCCCAGUAUGUCUCAGGAGUCUGGUGUGGCCUUUCCUCAGAGCACUUCCACAGGAGGGAUGAAGUUAGAGGCAGUGAUGGAGCAGCUCCAGCGCCAGCAGCAGGCCCGUCUGGAAAUGGAGCGCAAGGAAAGAAAGUUGCGGGAGGCCCACAUCAUGUAUGCACAGCAGGUCGCUGCCCAACAGGCCAUCCUGGCUGCAGCCCGGGCAUCUGGGGCCAGUUUCAUGGGCAAAGGCAUGGCCGGAGGGGUUCCAGGUGGCGGGUUACCUCCACGGAUGUCCAAUCAGAGCAGUGUGGAUUCAGAGCGCGAGGACGAUGAGGACAGGGGCAGAGAUUCUGGGGAAGACGAUGACGACACUGAGAUGAUGGAGGGGGAUGAGGGCAGCGACGAUGAGGGCAGUGCCAGUGGACUGGAAUUUCUUCGCAAGCAGACCCUGGCUCUACAGCAGAGCGCCUCUCGCAUCCCAGCACGCCCCUUUGGCAGCUACUCUGCAUCAGCCCCACAGAGGGUGGCAUCACCACCUGUCAGAGUCAAGCAAGAACCGGACGAAGGUCUGUCUCCUGCUGGGGCCCAUUCUGCCACCUCUCCUAAUGGCCAGGCUGACUGGGGCUUUGAUGAUCACUUCAGACAGAAUGGGAGUGCUGGGUGGGCAGAUGAAGCAGACAGUAGCAGAGGAAGAGGAGAAGCCUCCAGAGACUUUGCAAAGCUGUAUGAGCUUGACAACGAUCCCAAAAGAAAGGAGUUUUUGGAUGACCUUUUCACUUUUAUGCAGAAAAGAGGGACCCCGGUCAAUCGUAUCCCCAUCAUGGCCAAGCAGGUCCUGGAUCUCUAUAUGCUGUAUAAACUAGUGACGGACAAGGGAGGACUCGUGGAAGUUAUUAACAAGAAAAUCUGGAGAGAAAUCACAAAAGGACUCAACCUGCCUACCUCUAUCACUAGUGCAGCCUUCACUCUGCGCACACAGUACAUGAAAUACCUCUACCCUUAUGAAUGUGAGAGGAAAGGCCUGAGCUCUCCAGGUGAGCUUCAGGCAGCCAUCGAUAGUAACCGCCGCGAAGGCCGUCGUCCCAGCUACAGCAACAGCCUUUUCCGCUUCUCUCCCUCACCCAGCACAGCUCCCCAUAUCCUCUCGCCUCCCAAGAUGCACCUCUCUGCUCUGGGCGCUGGGGCAGCAGGAGCCCUGAAUGGCUUGCAGCCUUCACCAGGGCCAUCUCUGAAAAAAGAAGACCUGACCCCUUCCAUUAUGGCAGCCAGACCUUCCAUGGCUUUGGCCCUGGGGCAGCAGCAAGUUGCAGGCCUGGCUCGAGCUGCUACUCUGGAGCAGCUGAGGGAGAAGCUAGAGACCAGUGGUGGAAUGGAGGGACCAGAGAGGAAGAUGGCUCGCCUAGCGGAGGAGCAGCAGCGCCUCAUGCAACAAGCUUUCCAGCACAAUCUUUUGGCUAUGGCAUCUCAAAUGCCCAUGAACCUGCGGCUUGCAGCACCUCCCAUUACUACCAGAGAAGAGAAGCCACAGGACAUGUCUCUGAGUAUCUCCACCAAUGGGAAUGCCAGCAUCACUGUCUCAGUGGAAGUUAAUGGCACAACCUACUCAGGAACUCUCUUUGCCCAAAAGACUGGAGUUACCCCUGUGGUCUCUGCUGCUGCUGCCUCUGGCUCUCCUGCUGCUGCUGGCACAAGCUUUGGCUUCUCUGCUCCAGCUGCUCACACCCUCAGCCCUUCGUCCUCCUCUUCAUCCAAGGGUCCUGGCUCGGCUGAGCCUCUUCCUGGGGGAUCUCCCUGAUUUGAAUGGCCUCUCUUCCACCUCGAGGUCCAGCAUGAAUAUUCAGUACAACGAGAAAUCGUAAAGAAUAACUGUUGCACAACUAUUACCUCAUCAACCCUGUCAAAGUCUUGGCUGUCUAACAUUGAUCACAAAGCCUAAGAAUAUUAAGACAUGUGCCCAAACACAGCACGCCUAUGCACUCAUCCACACAGCAUACAAACACACACACAUUAUCCUACUACAUAAACUGAUACACACAUUACAUCCCACACAUACCACUAACCAUACUAAUGUUAACAUACAAGCUAGACACAAUCAUCUCAGCCAAAAUCCACUGACAGGUUUCACAACUGAACUUGAAAACUUUUAUUAGGACUGUCUGUUUGUUUGUUGCCAUUGUGUCAUCUUUUUGACUUUGUGUUUUAGAAUGAUUUUGUUUUAGUUUUUUCUCUUUUUACAUACCUCAAAUCAAGUAACCUGCAGUGGUGUCUUUACCUCAGGAGCUGUAGUAUAUUUAACCCGAAUCAACUUUAUUUUUGUAUUCUUUUUGACCUAAAUGCAAUCAGGGCAAGUCGGGUCCAGUGGAACUUACUUACAAUAACUUUUGAACUGGCAGUUUAGUUUUUCCAAACAUGCUGUCGCCUUUAGCUUAACUGAGAAAUGAUCAGAUGCUGUGGACCAGCACAUUACAUACCUCCAACUUUCAUACCUCCGCCCUGAUCAUGGAACUUAAAAUGCAUUGCACACAGCUUCCAGAUAUUAAAUUCUUGUUAGCUGUGUGGCAUAUUAUAUGUAGAGAGCCACAUAAGAUUUAUUCUCUUGCAGGUCCAUAUAGCUGUCUGUAACUGAGUAAUAUGCACAGUUAAUUGGCCAAUAACACUUGUUGUCUCAUAUUUUGCUCUCUUCUCUAUCCAGAGACUGAAUGUCACUCAGCUGCAUAUUUAACCUGUAUAUUCUUAGACCUUCUACUGGCCUAUCACAAAGGGCAGCUUUCUCAGGAAGCAGUGUGAUAAUGACAAGGCGUCUUUAUGUUAAAAAGGGUCAUACCUGAAGAACGCACACAAUCCAAGAUUACCUCAUCUGACUCUCCCAAAAGGAGAGCCGCACUACAUACCUCAUAUGGCCGCAGAGCCGCCGAGACUUGACACCCCAGCUUGUGAAGGAGAUCCUUCCUGAUCUAUCGUGAACAUAGCAACGCACUGCUGCUGGUUUUGGGGACAUUUUGUAUACCAAACUAAACUAAGGUGGAGGAGCACCCGUUCUCCAUUUCCAUAUUCAUUGUAUGACUUGUUUUUAUGCCUGCUCCCUUUUUCAACAGUUUUGUCUAUUUUCUUUACUUUGUUUCUUAAAUUUUGAAAUGUCCGAGUGAUAUACCUGGAUUUGUAUCAGGGAAGAGGAAACUAUCUUAUUAAUUCCUCACAGACUAAUACAGAAGUAUAGGAUUUUGUUUUUUAAGAUCCAAGGUCAUGGGGUCAAAACGCCAAUCUUCUCACCAACCUGACUGUGAACAUCACUUGACACGUCUUCUUUCACAACAAUGUAUUGAUAUGCAUGUGUACAAUCAUUUGAUCAGCGGUAUGCCACCUAUUUGCUCUGGUCACUCUUUGCCUCUGUUUAUUGCACAGCUAGAUACCAAAGACUAGCCAGUUGUUCUAAAUCCUAAAUGCCCAAACAAUCAUUUCUACUCAGGCCAGUUAUGGGCUUACCAUGGGCUGCUGUGAUCCACAACAGGGCAGUCACAUAAAGGCAGAACAGAUGAUCUGUUGAUUUUAAAUUUCCAAGAAAAUAAAUCUUCAGCAUUUUUUUUCCACUUUUGGUGGGAUUUGGCAAAUUUCAUUGAGUUGACAUACUUGGUGUGUCUUUAUUAUUAUAUUUUAUCUAGAUUUCCUUACCCAUUUUGAAAAAAAUAUACUAGAUUGUAAUCUAGUUAAUAAAGCAUAUUACUUCAAAAGUUUUUAAUAUUAAGAUUAUAAAUUGAGCUGGCCACAUCUGUGUUGAAUGUGAGGCAUUUAACCGUUAAGAAAUCUCUGGCCCAGUUUGAGCGGCCUUGUUGCUUUUAUUAGACUGUAUUUAUGCCAUUUAGCAUCAGAUUGUUCAGAAUUUUGCAGUGCAGAUCCAUUUAUGUACACCUCAGCACCAUGUAUGACACAUGACUGUAUUGUAUAAAUGAGAAUAUAGUAGUCGCUGCCUUAAGUAGUUGUUGGUGAGAUCUGAACAUUGUAGAUUUCAUCAUGGGUUGUAUUUUCUCUUCAAGCUUAAUCCUUUGGAGAGUAAUCAUUUGAGGCAAUUCAAUCAUACUAUUAACACCAGUUGCUGUUUGUUCUGUUGCAUAGAAAUGCUAUUUAUUUGUGUUCAAUGUUUCAUGUAAAUCAUGGUUUUAGUAACAGUUGGGCUAAAUCACUAAAGCCAUGUUACUAAAAUGUCUAUAUCCUGGCUUCUAAUUUGAUCUGCAAACAGCGGAUGGCUGAUAGUGUAGCUUCACUGCCUUUGAAUGUGUGUUUAACUUUGUGUGAGUGUCAUUUUGAAUGAGUAGUGAAUGGGACAUAAAUAACUUAUAAUCAGGAAUUAUACUUAGGAAACCAAUCAAAACAUUACAGCUAGUGCCACAGCCAGUCCAGUGAUAAAAAUGCAUUUUAAACGUAGAGUGUAGCUUUUUACAAAUGUUUCCUGCUACUAAAACAAUCAUUCACUUGGCUCGGCUGGCUCAGGGCACUUGGCGCUGUACUGUUUGUGUGGGUGAUGCCUGCACAUGUGAGAGUGUCUUUGGAACACCCCCCCCUACCUCGUCAUACCACGAUACCUCAGGGCAGUGGGCUGCAUUGCAACUGUUGCAUUUGAUGCUUUGAGGGACGAGUACUGACAGAAGCUGCAGUCAUUUUGCUGAAUGCUACUUAGGACUGACUUGGGUUUUGUUGUAUUGCUUUUUUCCGUCAGUAACUGCAAGCAAGGUCUCGUCACUCAGGAAGCUGUGAAGUAUGCAGAACCUUUGUCUCAGAUGGAAUUGAUUCAGUUCAAAUUUCUAAAAACUAACCUGAUCUGUGUAAAACAGGUGCAUAUGCAAGUGGUUAUUGAAUACCUCAUUUAUCAAUUUUAUGUUGUUUUUGGCUUGUACAAUGCUCCGUAUAUUAAUUCAACUGUGGGGUUUGUGCAUAUUUUUGUACUGUUAUUAUUAUGACAUGAUAAUAAUGAUGAUAUACUGAUAUUAUAUAGUUUUUCUCUUGGAUUAAACAAACAAAAGUAGGACAAAACUUGUGAAUGCUUGUUAAAACUGGUUUGUGCUGAUUGUAUUUAAGGAGCACUUUUCCAAAAUGGUUUUCACACACAUUCGGUUUUGUUCUUAUUAGUAAUAUAAAGAUAUGGUUCUCAGGGCUUUAAACUUGUAUGUCAUGAUAAAGUUUUACUUUAUAGCUUA